AUGGCGCCCGAACAGGGACCGUCGCGAACGGGAAGGAGCGGGAAAGUAAUGAAGACGUGGAUCUAUCUUUUGAAUAAAAAUUCAAUGAUCGCGGAACUCGAGGCACGGGGUAUCCCAACAAACGGCACGUUAGACGAGCUCCGCUUACGCUUGAGUAAUUACAUAGACGAACACCCCGACGACUUCCGCGACCCCACUCCGCCCGCGCCACCCGCCCCGCCCGCCGACGCCCGCUCUACGAAUUCUGGAGCUACAUACGAUGCGGAUACCGCGCCGUCCAGGAUACUAAAUCAGAUGCGCAAGUGGGGGGUACACUUCGACGGGAAAGACCCCUGGGCGUUCCUCGAACGCGUGGAGGAGCUACGCGAAGGGUGCGAAUAUUCGGACGCCCAAAUCUUACGGGGGAUCCCCGAAUUACUGCGCGGGGACGCGCUACUAUGGUGCCGCAACUCCAGGGAUGCAUGGGACUGCUGGGGCGAUUUCGUGAGCGACUUUAAGGCCGCGUACCUACCCCGCCAUUACCGCGUCCAGCUAAUGAACGAAAUUCGCGAGCGAGUGCACAAACCCGGGGAACCAUACCUCAAGUACGCGACCGCGGUAAUUGCACUCAUGCGACGAGCCGGGGGGUUCUCGGAAGAAGAACAAGUAGAGCAGCUCUACCAAAACCUCCACCCGGACUAUCAAUGGCGAAUCCGGCGCCGCGAUAUAUUCACUAAGCGGGAUUUAUUGGAAGAAGCGACGGAACUCGAGCAAAUUCAGAGCCGGCAGAAAGAGAACCCCGACAGAUCAACCCCCCGCGGAAUCCCGAUCACGGCCGCCGCGUACAACCGCGCCGAAUGCUGCUGGCGAUUGCGGGAAGGACGGCGUGCUAACCAGGGACUGUCACCCUCCGCCGCAAACGGGAAACGGAACCAGGACCGGGGAAACGAUAGAAACUCCCCGGUCCUUCCAGUAAGCUUUACUCCGCGACCUCACGCCACCGUCCGAGUCCGGCAACUUACUUUCCAGGCGCUUAUUGACACCGGAUCCGAAUUAUCGUUUGUAAACAUAGCAACAGCCCAAACCCUAAGUGAUCAUGGCUACCAGAUCCAGCCCCGCCAGGGCACCGUCCAACUGGCGGACGGACAACGGAGUACGUUGCCGGGUCGCAUCCAGUUACCGAUCCGUAUCGCAGAAACGCAGCUGUGGCAUACAUUUCACGUCAUGCCAACGCUGAGCAGCACAGUGCUGAUAGGCGUGGACCUGUGGGGGAAACUGGGAUGCAGUAUACCCGCCCCACCUAUCAGAUACGCGCAAAGACACGCACCAAGGAACGCGGCAACCGGGGUCAUGACCCAAUCCAGAACCGAGAACAAACGAUUACGCGAAUUCCUGGAAAACCAGUUACCAUUAUUCGACACAAUCACCGGACCGACAAAACACGCGGAACACCACAUACGCGUAAAACCGGGAACAUUACCAAUCAAGCAGAGGUACCGUCCCCGAAACCCGGCAAUGCAAGCAAUCAUAGACCAAGAGGUAGAAAAAAUGCAUAACGAGGGGAUAAUAGAGAAAUCGCAUAGCCCCUGGAGUUCCCCGAUCGUAGUAGUGCGAAAGAAAGACGGAAAACACCGCUUUUGUAUCGAUUUCCGACGAGUAAACGACGUGACCGAGACCGAUGCGUAUCCCCUCCCUCAGAUUACCGCGACCUUGGAUAAAUUAAGGGGGGCCAAGCACCUCACAACGCUGGACCUAAAAAACGGAUACUGGCAAGUACCAUUAUCGGCAUCGAGCCGUUCUGUCACGGCGUUUACGGUCCCCGGGAAGGGCCUCUUUCAAUUCAAAGUGAUGCCUUUCGGACUGCAUUCAGCACCGGCAACGUUUCAAAGGCUCUUAGAUACGGUCCUGGGGCCCGAGCUCGAACCGCGGGUUUUCGUGUACCUCGACGAUAUCAUCGUAAUAAGCAGCACUUUCGAAGAGCACCUAGAAACCUUACGGGAAGUUUUCGAACGAUUAAGGAGGGCAAACCUCCGACUAAACCCGGAGAAAUGCCGAUUCUGCGUUGACCGCUUAAAAUACUUGGGCCACAUUGUAGACGAGGAAGGAAUCCGAACAGACCCAGAAAAGACUCAGGCAGUAACGCAGUGGCCGACACCGCAAACGGUUAAGCAGAUCCGGCAGUUCCUCGGCUUAGCAUCGUGGUACCGCCGAUUUAUACCGGAUUUCGCAACUACAGCCGCCCCACAAACCGCGCUCACAAAAAAGAACGCCCGAUGGAGAUGGGCAAACCAAGCAAAGCCAGCCGGACUAGCACACGCCACCCCCGUAACCCGCCCUUGGCAACAGGUAACCAUGGAUCUGGUAGGCCCCCUACCCCGAUCAAAGAAGGGAAACACGUGGUUGCUCAACAUACAGGACAGAUUCACGAAAUGGGUGGAAAUGUGCCCACUGCGCCGCGCCACCGCCCCGGCAGUUACAGACUGCAUCGAGAAAAAUCUUAUUUAUCGACACGGGUGCCCAGAGAGUAUCCAUUCGGAUAACGGCACCCAGCUGCGCGCCAAACAGUUAACAGAGCUCCUGUCCGCGUUCCGCAUAAAACACACGUUCACCCCCGUACACGCCCCUCACUGCAACCCAGUCGAACGAACCAAUCGAACGUUAAAGACGAUGAUCGCGCAGUUUGUCGGCAAGAACCACAAAAAUUGGGACGAACAAUUACCGCAACUACAAUUUGCGUACAACUCCGCAAAACACGAAGCGACGAAAUAUACACCCGCGUUCCUAAACCUCGGACGGGAGCUCGCGCCGCGCGGCACACCAUACGCAAUAACGCGGGCCGCCGCCCCGCCGCCUAGCGUCAAGCAAAAACGCCUAGAGGAGACCUUUGAACUCGUAGGAAUAAACCUCGCGCGCGCGUUUCAGACUCAGCAAAAAUAUUAUAAUUUGCGUCGCCGACCGUGGCUACCACGAAUCGGGGAGUGGGUAUGGAAGCGCGAGUACCCACUCUCCAACAAAAUGGCCGCAUUCAACGCCAAACUAGCCCCCAAAUACGCGGGCCCUUUCGAGGUAAGACAAAUCAUAUCCCCCGUCAUCGUAAACCUGCGUAACCGUAACGGGCGAUGGGCAAGGCACAUACACGUCCAGGAUUUAAAACCCGCGCUCGUGGAAAACACGGAAGACGACGACGAGAACACCCCCUCCAUAGCCAGUUGUGACAAACAAGACGAUGACGCGGACAGUAUCCGUACCGAAUCCGAAGCGUAA